UACUGUGUGAGCUGUGAUUGGUCACAGCUUGUCACAUGGUACAAGGCUGUUGUGAAUAGCCCUGUACCAUGUGACCUCUGUGAUCAUUCACAGAUUUCACUAGUAGUAAGCAAUAAUGUCAGGAAGUGACAUCUUGCUUACUACUAUUCAUGUGAUCACUGAUUGGCCAAUCAGUGCGCUAUGGGCGGCUGGGGAUGUCAAUCAUCGGGUCCCGGCCAGCACUUCCAGGCCGUCACUCGGUGAUCGUCGGAAAAGCUGACAGGAGAGAGACCUGUGUGUAAACAACACAGGUCUCUCUCCUGUCAGCAUGGACAUGCUGCUUUGUA